UUUUUGCAAAUCUGAUCGUGGAGUUUUUCAAAUUCAGUAUCCAUGUAUAAUUGAUCUAAAAUAUACCGCAGGUAAAUAGCUUGUCGAGAUCGCCUAGUGCCGUAUAAUUGAUCUAAAUUAUACAUAUGUACAUUUAUCCAGUGUGAAAAUUAAUGACAACUCGAUAUGCCUAAGUUGUGAGUGAUGUUUUAGAAAGUAAUUCCUCCUGAUUUCCUUCUAUAAUCUUCAAUUUCGCUAUGCUCGUCUGUCAUUGGCUCCGGUUAUGACGUAUCGUGCCUUUACCGGAGCCCCGCCCCCUGCGACGUGCCCGCCGCCGUCGCCUGGAGACCGCGCGGGUGUUCGCGAGUUCUGCUAGAAAGUCCGCUCGAUGUAUUUCAGCGUCCGCUUUGCUGUUACUGUACUUAGUUUUGUCAUUCGUUCUCUCUAGUUCUUAACCGCCGUCCGCUUACAACCAAUACCAGCUUGCUUUGUAAUGUAUUGUUUCUCUCGCCUGCCUUGUAAGGUGUAGUGUUUGUUCGUAUUUUGCCUCGUCGUUUAUGGCUACAUGCACAAGUUUUUGAGCUACUAAAACUGGAAGAAUUUUCGUUUCUGCUGCAUUUGGUUUUUAUUUCUGUGUGCAAAACAUAAGUAACAAUUUCAUAUUAUUUGUGAGCAAUAUGUGUUUUUUUUUUUUCGCUGACCUGAAACUUUUUAUGAAAUAAGCAAUAAAUCACAUACGUAAUGCCGUACGGAACAUGGGAAAGGUGUCAGGCGUUAAUUUUUUUGGCUUUAUGGUUAUGACGCGUUUUCGUGGCGUCAUUGUACGUCUCCACGGACCAACGCUGCGAAUUUGUGUCCGCGCAGCUCUGGACAUACUGCGCAUGAUCGAUUCGCUAGUGUCCACUUUAAAUACCAACAUGGAUGCUUUUGACGAGCACUAGGGUGGUUUCCAAACACUACAGAAUAUUUACAAGGGAUCUCUGAUGAGUAGGUGAGGGGGAGAGGCGAGUGAGUUUGCAAGACAGAAGGACACUGCUGUGGAGACCUUAAUCCUCCUGAACUUGAGUCUGUGUGCGCUGCUGUGCUGCGUGGUUCUGCUGUGUCUCCCUGCCCUGGCCCAGGCGACGAGUGCCGGUCGAUGGCUAUGAUGGACAAACUCAAAGUCAAGCGACAGAGACUGGACCGCAUCUGUGAAGGCAUCCGCCCCCCCAUUUUGAACGGGCCGAUGCACCCGCGCCCCCUGGUGGCCCUGCUCGAUGGGCGUGACUGCACGGUGGAGAUGCCCAUCCUCAAGGAUGUGGCCACAGUGGCAUUCUGUGAUGCCCAAUCUACCCAGGAGAUCCACGAGAAGGUGCUGAACGAGGCAGUGGGUGCCCUGCUCUAUCACACCAUCACGCUGUCCCGGGACGACCUGGAGAAGUUCAAAGGCCUCAGGAUCAUCGUCCGCAUCGGGAGCGGCUUCGACAACGUGGACGUCAAGGCCGCCGCCGAGCUUGGAAUCGCAGUGUGCAACGUGCCGUCGGCAUCCGUGGAGGAGACGGCCGACACCGCGCUCUGCCUGGUGCUGAACCUGUACCGACGCGUCACCUGGAUGCACCAGGCUCUGCGCGAGGGCACGCGCGCCUCUAGUGUGGAGCAGAUCCGCGAGGUGGCCGGGGGUGCCGCCCGCAUCCGCGGAGAGACCCUGGGCAUCAUCGGGCUGGGUCGUAUCGGCCAGGCGGUGGCACUGCGGGCAAAGGCGUUCGGCUUCGGUGUGAUCUUUUACGACCCGUACCUGCCGGAUGGCGUGGAGCGCUCACUGGGGCUCCAGCGCAUGGCCACGCUGCAGGACCUGCUCAUGCACUCGGACUGCGUGUCGCUGCACUGCAGCCUCAACGAGCACAACCACCACCUGAUCAACGACUUCACCAUCAAGCAGAUGCGGCAGGGCGCCUUCCUGGUGAACACGGCAAGGGGGGGACUGGUGGACGAGAAGGCGCUGGCUCAGGCACUGAAGGAAGGCCGUAUCAGAGGGGCCGCUCUGGAUGUGCACGAGACCGAGCCGUUCAGCUUCUCACAGGGCGCCCUGAAAGAUGCCCCUAAUCUCAUCUGCACCCCCCACACGUCCUGGUACAGCGAGCAGGCCUCCAUCGAGGCUCGUGAAGAAGCAGCCAGGGAGGUGCGACGUGCCAUCACCGGUCGCAUCCCUGACAACCUGAAGAACUGCGUCAACAAAGAGUACCUGAUGGCAGCCUCUCAGUGGCCCGGCGUGGAGGCCACAGCUAUGCACCCGGAGCUGAACGGUGGCGGCUACAGGUUCCCCGCAGGGCUCAUCGGUGUGACUGCUGGCAGCCUGCCCGGGGCGGGGCCGGGCGUGGAGGGCAUCGUGUCCAGCUCGCUACCCCUCGCCCACGGCAUCGCGCCCAUCUCACAUCCCCCACACACCCCAUCGCCGGGCCAGCCCUCAAAGGCGGAAGGGGACAGAGACAUGCCCACCGAUCAAUAGCCCCCCCAGCACAUUCCGCGCCCCCCUCCCCCUUCUCCCUGUUCACCAUCCUGCAAGCACGUGGACGCCGGUGUCCAUGACGCGGUCCGCCCAGUCCGCCCAGUCCGCCGAACAAAAACAGCCAGCAAGAGAGCUGUGCUCCCAAUCUCAUCCCUACCCUGCACCUUCUUCUUAAGGGUCCUGUUUUUUUCUUUUGUUCUGUUUAAGCUGGAGAUUUUCCCCCCGUGGUCGUAGGAGGUGUUUGUAUUUCUUUUGUCUUGCUUUUGUUGGCUGUGGGCUUUGAAGCGUAAUGGAGGCUCUCUGUGAUGAAGUCGAGGGGCCCUUCCUCCAAAGGCCUGCCUUCCGUCUGCCGAAUUUCACACAGGGCUCCUGCGCCUGCCAACCCGCAAUGCCGCCCCCCCCCGCCCCCCCCUGCCCGCAGGAAGGGCCUCAGAGGGCGCUGAAGCUGUCGGCAUUACCACAGGAAGGAGCCUCCUUGGACUGAUUCUGCUUCCUGUUGGUUAUAGAUCCGCUGUUCGCUCUUUACGCGGCUGCCUGCGCACUGCGUCACAUGUGACCGGGUGCGUUUCCCUGACACAAUGCAGCCCCGCCCCCUGGACACGCCCCAGCCAGCUCCUUCAGUUGUCGCGCUCUGGCUGGUACCCCACACACGGACCUGCUCCCCAUCUCCACUCUUUCAGGCAAAGUCAAUAACCUAGAGUCUCUCUUCCCUUCUCCCAAACCGAGUGGCACUUAUCCAGCGUCUCUGACUACCUGCACCGUCCCUCCCAAGUUGCCAACCGCUACCUGUCUGAGGUGGUGUUUGGGGACAGCAGGGGGGGCCCAUGUCUCAGCCCGUAUGUGCCAGGAAUGCCGCAGUGCAGCUUUCAUCCACUAGGUGUAAUGCAUGCAGCUGUGUCCUGGUGAGCGCCUGUCGGCGACCCCCAGAACCUCGGAUCUUCACCUGCCUCUUGCCUUGGUGACUGACGUGGUCUCUCUGAAUUCCUUGACUCUUAACUGUGAACACUGUUUCUUGGCAAGGGAAUACCUUUCUAGUACCUCAGCAACAGAUAUUGAAUGUACCCUCAGAUCUUUGUGCACAGUUUUUAGUUUAAUUACCAGAUAUUAAGGGAAAUGCCAGUUCAAGUUGUAACUUUACAAGAAUAAGAACAGUUGACUUUUGGA